AUGGCUUCCUCGGAAAUUCCAGUCUUUGAGAGACUGCUGGCUUACUCUUUUGAUUCGGAUCCCGAAUUUGCCAAUGGCCUCUCAAUAAUACUUGGUCACCCAGAUACCCCAGCUACCAAGGUGGAGAUUAAUCGGGAUGACGACCUGGUCUUGCAAGCAAAGUGUUUCUUUUUCUCACGAAAAGAAAACCUAGUUCCAGCGAUUGACUUUGCCGCCUUCAAGUCAUGGUUGGGACGGACGGAGCCUCAACCAAGCGCAGACUCGCAAAUCACAACGUCAGAUAAAGAUGCUACGGGAUCUGAAAGUGGGACACAUCCUGAACCUGCUUACCCGUCCUCGUUUGCGCACAUUGUGGAACUCAUCACCACAGGCCAACCCAUCCCCGGCAUCCAGGACAUACCAGAUACAGUCCUGAGUGGACAUGAUAUUGCCAGUGAGAAGCCACGACGACCGAAGCCAUGGGAGAGGGGCGAAGUGACUAUGGAUGCCGAUGACACUACAACUGCUGCUCCAUGA